AACAACUUGGUUUCCUGGUUGUGUUACUUCAAUUUCGGUCCGCAUCCGGUUUGCCUAACAGCUGACUAACAAAUGAAAACACUGUAGCACUGAGGCGAGAAACCUUGUUUUUAAACAUUAUUGUGCACAUAAUGGCUGUGGCCAUGAGUUCCACGUGCCCGGGCACAUACUGCGGCAGGAUGAUGGUCAAUGGAUCGGUGGAGGGAGAGUGUGGCGUUUGUCCUCGAGGAGAGCGGGCCAACAUCCAGAAGGUGUGCGAACGCUGCACCGAAUCCCCCGAGCUCUACGACUGGCUCUACCUGGGCUUCAUGGCCAUGUUGCCCUUGGUGCUGCACUGGUUCUUCGUCGAGUGGUACUCUGGAAAGAAGAGCUUCCACGCUCUGCUGCAGCACGUGCCGGCCAUGUUGGAGUCGGGCGUGUCGGCUGUGGUCACCCUGCUGGUCACGGAGCCGGUGGGGAAGCUCAGCAUCCACUCCUGCCGAGUCCAGAUGCUGUCGGACUGGUACACCAUGCUCUACAACCCCAGCCCCGACUACGUCAACACGUUGCACUGCACGCAGGAGGCCGUCUACCCGCUCUACACCAUCGUGUUGAUCUACUACGCCUUCUGCCUGGUGCUGAUGAUGCUGCUGCGCCCUCUGUUGGUGAAGAAGAUAGCGUGCGGCCUGGGCAAAUCGGAUCGCUUCAAGAGCAUCUACGCUGCUCUGUACUUCUUCCCCAUCCUCACCGUGCUGCAGGCGGUGGGCGGAGGGCUGCUCUACUAUGCGUUUCCCUACAUCAUCCUGGUCCUGUCUCUGGUCACGCUGGCUGUUUACAUGUCUGCCUCGGAGAUACAGUCUUUUAAGAACCUCGUCACUAAGAAGAAGCGCCUGGUGGUCCUGUUCAGCCAUUGGCUGCUCCACGCGUACGGCAUCAUCUCUAUCUCCCGAUUGGACAAGCUGGAGCAGGACCUGCCGCUGUUGGCCCUCGUGCCCGGUCCCGCCCUCUUCUACAUCGCCACCGCCCGCUUCACGGAGCCCAGUCGCAUCCUGUCGGAGGGCGGCAACGGACACUGACGACGUCGGCCGACCAGACCAACAUCGAUGCAGUUUUUACAAAAUGUUCAGAUCCUCAGACGGAGAGAUCGGGGUUCAGGGUCGGGGUCAGCGAUGACAUCAUCAAGUGCCAUUUGUAACAUUGGGGAAACCAUUUCAUCUUCUACUCCAUAUGGUAUAUAAUACGGUGUAUAUGUAAGAAGGGCUGCAGCAAAGGAUUAGUUUCAUCUGCGAUUCAUUUUUUCGAUUAAGGGAUUAGUUGUUUGCGCUUUAAAAUGUGGAUCAGUGUUUCCCAGAAGCCCAAAAUGACGUCCUCCGAUAUCUCGUUUGUCCCCAGCUCAAAAUAUAUAUUCAGUGUACUACAGUGUCAGAUACUCUCAUUCAUAGUGCACCUUUAACACUUAAAUCUUCCCACUGGACUACGACUCCAUGCAGACUUUCAGAGUGCUCGUAUAACUCUUUACAUUUAGUUGAUUUUGGUGCCGUUUAGCUCCUUUUCUGGACAUUCUUGACAUUUUCUCUCUAUGUUCUUGAUGCCUUUCUCUUUCUUUUUGUUACUUUUCUCAACGUUCUUGACGCUUAAAUUAUUUGUUGCUUUUUCCAAUAUAUUGUUUUUUUUUAUACGCUUGUCUCUUUUUUCAAUGUAUAUAUUGCAAUUUCUUUUUUUCUUUUAUAUUUUUUACUCAUUUUUUUGACUCUUUUGUUCCUUUUCUGUGCAUUCUUGUCUCUUUUUCUCCACGUUCUUGACAUCUAUGUUUUUGUCACUUUUCUCGACGUUCUUGUCACUUUUUCUUAAAGGUUUCGGUUGCGUUUUUUCAAUGUAUGCCUUGUUUUUUAACUAUUUUUGUCCCUUUUGUUUGACGUUUUUGUUCCUUUUCUGGACAUUCUUGUCUUUUUCUCUAUGUUCCUUUCACGUUUUUAAGUCUUUCUUCUCUAUGUUCUUGUUGCCUGGGAUAGGGAUUGUAUCGGACUGUAUAUUUAUAUAUAAUUGUAAAUAUAUGUAUGCUUGUAAAUAUGAGUGUGUUCAGUAGGAUUUGCUACAUGCACAUAAGCUAAAAUUACAAAUGGAUGUUUCACAACGGUGUGUGAGCUUCAGUGUACCUACCUGUAUAAUUUCAUGUGCUCUGUCUUUAUAUUUGAAUCUGUAACGUGAACCCUGUCAGUAUUAUCUGAGUCAUCGUCAUGGUUUCUUCUACAUAAACCUGCUGUCAAAGUCAAA